AUGUAUCGAGUACGAGCACUCAGGUUUCAACCGACGGUAUUGUCUUCUGCUGGCAAGGCCUUUGCGCGAAGGGGACCGCAGUGGACUAGACACGUCCAGCAUGCUGCACAGCAAGGGCGGCUGCACAGCGGAUUUGCAACCCCCUGGCUCUCUGCCGCAGUUGGAGCAGGCCUGAGCGGGCUUGCGUUUACCUCGUGGCACAUUUCGCAGCCAGCUUCCAUGCCGGAGACAAACGGGCUGGAGGUGAUGUAUGCGGAUCGUGAGACGAUGCUCAAGGGCGUCAUGGAAAUCUGCGACGCCCUGGGGCCCGACUCAGUGACAACCGACGAGGACGAUAUCGAACGCCAUUCGUACUCGGAAGUCUCAACCUCGCAUUGCGCAGCGAAGCCCGUGGCCGUCGUGACGCCAAAGAGCACAGACGAAGUCUCGAUCAUUGCGCGGAUAUGCUCCGAAUAUAAGAUCCCGAUGAUUCCAUUUGCGGGUGGAUCAAGCGUCGAAGGACACUUUACGGCGCCGUACUCGGGGCUGAGUAUAGAUUUCUCGCAGAUGAAUCGGAUUGUUGCGUUCCAUGAGGAGGAUAUGGAUGUUGUGGUGCAGCCUGGAGUCAGCUGGGUUGAGUUGAACAACAGCAUCAAGGAGAGCGGCCUCUGGCUUCCAAUGGAUCCAAGUCCUACUGCACUCAUUGGAGGGAUGGUCGCCACAAACUGCAGUGGGACAAACGCAGUGAGAUACGGGACAAUGAAGGACUGGGUCCUCAACCUCACCGUGGUCCUCGCAGACGGCUCAGUGAUAAAAACCAGGCAUCGACCACGCAAAACAUCCGCCGGAUACAACCUCACCGGCCUAUUCACCGGGUCCGAGGGGACACUCGGAAUGAUCACCGAAAUCACUCUCAAGCUCGCCCCGAUCCCCGAGGCACACAGUGUCGCGGUUGCCACCUUCCCCUCUGUCCGUGCUGCGGUCGCCUGCGCCUCCAAGAUCAUGCGGCAGGGUGUCCCGAUCGCCGCGGUGGAACUCAUGGACGAGGUGCAGAUGGGCGUAAUCAACAAAAACGGCGGCUCUGGAGGCAGAAUGUGGGAGGAGAAGCCCACCCUGCUGUUCAAAUUCUCCGGCACCGCCCAAUCAAUCGCCGCAGACAUCACCAAGGUCGAAACGAUCUCCUCACAGAGCGGCGGCAGCGCCUUUGAAUUCGCAAAGACCGAGCAGGACAUGCACGACCUGUGGUCUGCGCGCAAGGAAGCCGUGUGGGCCAUGUGCGCGCAGAGACCGGAGGGGACGCAGAUCUGGUCGACGGACGUGGCGGUGCCGUUAUCACGGAUGCCCGAGAUAAUUGAUCUCUCGAAGAAAGAAUCCAGUGCCUUGGGACUGUUCUCCAGCGUCCUGGGCCACGUCGGCGACGGCAACUUCCACCAGGCCGUCAUGUACGACCCCGGCAAUGCUGCCCAGACACAGGCCGUGCAGGAAUGUGUCCGGAAAAUGGUCCAUCGGGCGGUGGAAAUGGAGGGCACAGUUUCGGGCGAACACGGCAUCGGCCUCGGCAAGAAGGAAUGUCUUCUGGACGAACUGGGUCCGGAGACCGUUGGCGUGAUGCGCACGUUGAAGAAGAGUUUGGAUCCUCACUUCCUCAUGAACCCUGGCAAGGUGUUUGACCCUUAG